ACCCCCGCUUUACCGGCUUUGCGUGUUCUGCUGCAUAAUUUUUUUUCUUCUUCGUAGUCGCUGUGGUGGAAAAAAAUUCAUCAUUUUUUGUGUGCAAAUAACACGAGUAACGUGAACAGUUUCAUUAUAAAAUUUAAUCCAAAAGAAUCCAUAAAAUCACAAUGUCUGACGAAUCAUUCUAUGGUGUUACUUUAAGCGGCGAAAACAGCUCCGUUGAAUGGGAAGUGUUAUCCAACGAUGAAGAUUAUCCCCGCGGACAAAAAUUAAUCAUCAGACAAAUUCUUUUGGGCGCUGAAGCAAAAGAGGAUGAAUUCAAUGUUGUAGAGGUCCACACCGUCAAAGACAAUUUGAAGAUCCCCAUUGCUGUUUUAAAGGCCGGUGAAACACGUGCCGUUAAUCCCGAUAUUGAAUUCUACGAAACAUCAGCUACAUUCAAAUUGAUCAGAGGUAAUGGCCCAGUUUAUAUUCAUGGACAAAAUAUCAAAGACGAAGUUGAGGUAGUCGAUAUGGAUGAUGACGAAACCGACGAAGAAGAUGAUGGUGAAGAGGAAGAAGAUGAGGCACAACCUAAAAAGAAACAAAAGUUGGAAAACAAUGCCGAAGGCAAAAAUGCCAAAAAUAAGAAGAAAUAAAUUUCUUAACAACACCUAGUACUACCUCUCUUAAUUAUAUACAUAAUAUACAUAAAAAACAAACACAACACAUACACACAAACAAAAAAGGAAACACAAACGUUAAAAAAUUUAUGAAUGCAAAUUCUUCCCCCCAUAAGUUUCUUUAUGCGUAUAAUACAUAAUUAAGAAACUAAUUUUUAAGACUGCUCUUCCUGGCCAAACAUUUUCCAAUUCAAUUUUUUUUUUAUUUUUUGUAAACUAUACACAAUAUCAACAAGCAAAGUAAAAAGGGGGUUUAGGAAGAGCUUUAGUUCCUUGGUUCUUGUUUUUAAUUGUAUGAGUAUUUUUCCAACUUUUGAAAACUUUCAAAUUUUUUAAAAAUUUUUUACAUUUUAACAAUAUUAUACAUUGUAAGUUACAAGAAAAAAGUGUCAACAUACUAAAAACUAACAUGAUUUUUUUUAUAUAGACAAGAACUGUUAGCAAAUGCAGUUACUUAACAAAAGAAUAAAAGCGUUUUAAACAACUAGAAAACAGCAAUAAGUAAAAGAAAAUUAUUCAGGUAAACUUAGAAAACAGAAAAUAAAACAAUUAAAUUUAAAA